AUGAUUCUGUACUCAAUAGCCAGCUGGACAGCCCUCGCAACCACAGUCCUAGCAAUCCCAACUCCCUCAUGCGACCGCGAAUCCCUCAUCAAAGCAACAGACUCCUACAUCGCCGCCCAAACAGCCGGCAAUCUCGUCUCACUCCAGAGCACACUCGCCAGCAACUGGACCUACACCGAAAACAACAAGCUCACAGACGUCAAGAAGGGCGUCCUGGCUAAACCCCUCAAAAUCGACCACCGCCGCACAAACGCAGACACGACAGCCUGCCGCACCUACACCGAGCUCAUCGUCGCCGACCCAGCAACGCCCUACGUGAUAGGCACGCAGAUCCAAUACGACGCCUCGCUCAAAAUUACCAGCAUUGACACCAUCGCCAGCACGACGGGCUCGUGGCUUUUCGACGCCAAAAAAACGCUGCAGUACGUGCUGGCCGAGAAAUGGGAUCCCAUCCCCGUCAGCAAACAGGACUCCCGCGCGCUCAUCCAGGCCGCAGGUGAUGCCUACAUGGACAUGUGGAACAACGCGACGGCCUCUGAGGCCGUACCUUGGGGAACGCCGUGUACGCGUCUCGAGGGCUCGGCGUAUACGGGGAAAGGGUUGCCAGAUGAUAGCUGCAAGCCUGGGAUCCCGGCGAAUCAUAAUCAGGCGCCGAAUACGCAUCGACGGUAUGUGGUUGAUGAGGUUAUGGGGAGUUCAUGA